AUGUCGUUGGCUUUUGUUAAGAAUGCUGGUGGUGCGACUCGAGGUCGCAAAUUCGCUGCUGGGUGUACAUCUUCUUUAUAUGCAAGUGACCCAACUGAUUUGAGAGAUGUCACUUACACAUCUUCAUCUUCAUCUAGUACAGGACGCUCUCGUCCAGCUCAAAGACAGGAAACCGAUGAUGAGUAUGAAGCGCGAAUGAGGGCCACGUAUCGAGAAGAAUUCCGCGAUGAGUACGAAGCAACAUUUGAUCAGCGGGUGGACCAACGGGUCCAACAUGUAUUGCAGGAAUUCUUUGCGCAGCAGAGGGCGCCGGCGCCGGCGGGGGUUGGAUCAUCAUCUCAGGGAUCGGCAGGACAAAAUCAAAAUGCCGGUGAACAAGAAUAUCGACCGGAUUUGAAUAGCAUGGUCAAUUUGAAUCAGCUGCCGGAGUACCGAGAGGGUGAUCCAGUACUGAGUAUGAGCAUAGAGGAUAUGAGUCAAAUGCUUAAUGAACCAAUUCAUUUACAAUUUUUUGAUCCUGGUCAUGUUGUUCAGAACUUAAAGAAAUUUCACCCAGAACUUGUAGAGAAGAAGUUCACUCCUGAAAUUCUACAUGCUGGUUUUCUUACUAAGAUGCGUCUUAUUGCAUCUAAGCCUAUUGCACCUCCACAAGAGCUUUCUGCUAAACUUGAAGAUCGUCUAUAUGUGGAUGGAUAUCCACCUAUAUUCAAUGGUGAUGCUUCAUUAUUUGAGUGGUGGAAAGAGAGACUGUAUAGCAAUAUUACUGCUAUUGAUCAUGAGUUGUGGGAUUUGGUUGAGUUGGGAGUAACUUUUGAAAACUUAAAUGAACAUGGAAGGUUGUCCAUUGAGCAUAGAAAGUUACUCACACCAGCUAACUUAAAAAUCUACACUAAGCAUCAUAGAGUAAAGGACAUUGUUGUUGGUGCUAUUAGACAUGAAGAUUAUGUCAGAAUAGAGGACAAGUCUACUGCUAAAUCUAUCUUUGAUUCUAUGUGUGCUACCUAUGAUGGAAAUGAAAAGGUUCAAGAGGCUAAGGCUAGUCUUUUGAUAAGGCAAUAUGAACUUUUCACUAUGCAACAAGAUGAAAACAUUGAGACUAUGUUUACAAGGUUUCAAAUCCUUGUAUCUGGUCUUAAAGCUCUUAAGAGAAGUUAUUCUACCUAUGAUCAUGUUCAGAAGAUUCUGAGAAGUCUUCCUAUUGCUUGGAGACCCAAGGUCACUGCAAUAGAGGAAGCUCAAAAUCUCAAGACUCUGAGUCUUGAAGCUCUGAUAAGCAAUCUCAGAAGCCAUGAGAUGGUUCUGGAUGCUGACUCAGAAACUAAGAAGAAGUCUAAGUCAGUGGCUUUACAGUCAACUAAGACUACUUCUAAGGCUCUUAAGACUCAGCUUCUUGAUAUUGAAGAAGAAUCUUCUGCUGAUGGUCAAGAGGAUGAGAUGAAUGAGGAUGAGUUUGCUUUGUUCACCAAGUUUCAGCAAUGGAACAGAUUUAACAAAAGAAAUUUCAGAGGUAAUAGCUCCAGAAAUUUUGUCAGCAAAAAGGAUGAUCAGAAGAACUGCUUCAACUGUAAGAAGCCAGGACACUUUAUUGCUGAUUGUCCAGAAAUGUCUGCUAAAGACAAAAGCAAAAGAUAUAGCUCAAAGAAGCAACAAUUCAAGAGCAAAUUGAGAAAGAGUCUGAUGGCUACCUUUGAAGAGCUAUCAUCUGAGGAAGAAGUUGAGGAAGAAGAAGAAGCAAAUCUAGCCCUGAUGGCUUCAACUGACUCAGAUGUAGACUCAGACGAUGAAUCAGAAUCAGAUUCAGAAGUAACUGAUGAGGUAUAUCUGGAUAGUGGGUGUUCAAGGCACAUGACUGGUGACAAACAACUGUUUUCCAAGCUAACCAUGAAGGAAGGAGGUUCUGUUGGCUUUGGAGGUAAUCAGAAAGGAAAGAUAAUAGGUACAGGUACAGUAGGUAAUUCUUCCCUAUCUAUUAAUGAUGUUUGGUUAGUUGAUGGACUUAAACAUAAUCUAUUGAGCAUAAGUCAAUUUUGCGACAAUGGUUAUGUAGUUGUCUUUAAUAAGGAAUCAUGUACUGUAUCUAAACAAUCUGAUAACUCCAUUAUAUUCAAAGGUCUGAGAAAGAACAAUGUUUAUAAAGUUAAUCUUUCUGAUUUGAAUGAACAAAAAGUGAUGUGUCUUUUAACCUUGAGUGAAGAAAAAUGGAUCUGGCAUAAGAGGUUAGGCCAUGCUAACUGGAGGUUAAUCUCUAAGCUUAGCAAGCUUGACCUUGUCAGAGGUUUACCUAAAAUCAAGUAUCACUCAAACACACUUUGUGGUUCAUGUCAAAAAGGAAAGAUUACAAAAUCUUCUUUUAAACCUAAGAACAUUGUCUCUACCUCAAGACCAUUGGAACUUCUUCACAUUGAUCUUUUUGGACCAGUUAACACUGCUUCAAUCAAUGGAAAGAAGUAUGGAUUAGUAAUUGUUGAUGAUUACAGUAGAUGGACUUGGGUAAAAUUCCUUAGAACA